GGGCCGCGGCCGGGGCCGGGGGCCGGAGCUGGAGCCGGAGCCGUGAGGGGCGGGGGAGCCGCGCCGCCGCCGCCGCCUCCUGCUCUCCUCUUCUUCCUCCCGCAGCCGCUCCUGCCCGUCGAGGCAGCGCUCCCAGGCUCCCCCGGGGCGCUCGGCAUGAGGAGGAUCAGGGCUAAUGCCAUCGCCAUCCUGACCGUCGCCUGGAUCUUGGGCACUUUCUACUACUUAUGGCAGGACAACAAGCCCCGCUCGGCGGCUGCCGGCAGGUCCGCCGGAGGCGGUAGCGGCGGCGGCCGGAGCGGGCAGAGGGCGGCCGGCAGGCUGGAGCUGCGCCGGGAGGAGAGGACCAUCCCCCUCAUCAUGACGAGGGCCCCCCCAGGAGAGAAGAGCAGCCGGCGGGCUUUUGACGAGAAGGCUUACUUGUCCUCCAAGGUGCUGAAGGCUGGAGAAGACCCCUAUCGUCAGCACGCUUUUAACCAGCUGGAGAGUGACAAGCUCAGCAGCGACCGGCCCAUCCGGGACACCAGGCACUACAGGUGCACGUCUGUACGCUAUGACACUGACUUGCCAGCCACCAGUCUCAUCAUCACCUUCCACAACGAGGCGCGAUCUACCCUGCUGCGCACGGUGAAGAGUGUUCUCAACCGCACCCCUCCCAGUCUCAUCCAGGAGAUCAUUUUGGUAGAUGACUUCAGCUCCGAUCCUGAGGACUGCCAGCUCCUUACCAAAAUCCCAAAGGUCAAGUGUCUACGAAACACCCAUCGAGAAGGGCUGAUUCGCUCUCGGGUGCGAGGAGCUGAAGUGGCAGCUGCUGACAUCCUCACCUUCUUGGACAGUCACUGUGAAGUCAACAGCGAGUGGCUGCAGCCAAUGCUCCAGAGAGUGAAAGAGGAUUAUACCCGAGUGGUGAGUCCAAUUAUUGAUGUUAUCAGCCUGGAUAAUUUUGCCUACCUGGCAGCAUCAGCAGAUUUGAGGGGAGGGUUUGACUGGAGCCUUCACUUUAAGUGGGAACAGAUUCCUAUAGAGCAGAAGAUGUCCAGAACAGACCCAACUCAGUCUAUAAGAACCCCUGUCAUAGCAGGAGGCAUCUUUGUGAUUGACAAAUCCUGGUUUAAUCACCUGGGAAAAUAUGAUACUCAAAUGGAUAUCUGGGGAGGAGAAAAUUUUGAGCUCUCUUUCCGAGUGUGGAUGUGUGGUGGCAGCUUGGAGAUUGUUCCCUGCAGUCGAGUGGGACACGUGUUCAGGAAGCGCCAUCCCUACGACUUCCCUGAGGGCAACGCGCUGACUUACAUCAAGAACACGAAGCGCACAGCAGAGGUGUGGAUGGACGAGUACAAGCAGUACUACUACGAGGCCCGGCCCUCGGCUAUCGGCAAGUCCUUUGGAAGUGUUGCAGACCGAGUGGAGUUGCGACACAAACUGAACUGUAAAUCCUUCCAGUGGUAUCUGGAGAAUGUCUACCCCGAGCUCAAGAUUCCUGAAAAAGAGUUGAUUCCAGGAAUAAUUAGACAAGGAGGAAACUGUCUGGAGUCUCAGGCACAGGAUACCACAGGGAAUGUGUUGGCUGGCAUGGGAAGCUGUAAAGGGACGGUGAACAAUCCACCUGUCACUCAGGAGUGGAUAUUCAGUGACCCUUUAAUUAGACAGCAGGACAAGUGUCUUUCCAUUGCCUCCUUCUCUACUGGCUCUCAAAUCACACUGGAAGCUUGCAAUCAAAAAGACAGCAGACAGAAGUGGAAGAUGAAAGGCAGUUUUGUUCAACACUUUGUCAGCGGUCUCUGCCUGGAAAACCAGACUGGAAGAGUGGUGACCAACCCCUGUCAAGCAGGUGUACCUGGCCAACAGUGGGAGCUGCUACAAGCAACAUGAUGGUAGCACAGAGAUCUCCUUGUUUCUUUGUGCAUGAGACUUUGGGAGCAGAGGGGGAUCCGGAAGGGAGGAAUGGUUUUGUAUGUCUGACCCUAAAUGUUUUCAUUGUGCUCAUCAGUAAGCCACCAUUUCAGCUGAGCACUUGAUGGUUUUGAGCUUUGCAGAGAAGAAGCUGGGGGUGAGAGGAAUCAGGAUGGUUGUCAAAAUCUUCCCAUCUAUUGUCGUAAGUUCUCCUUUGUAGCUGAUGCCUGUGCACAGCUGCGCCUAGAGAUGGAGGAGGACCCAGCCCAAUACUUGUGGCUCUCCCCAUCCUUUCCUUUCUCUGCAUCCAGAGUCCACAACCUUCAGUCCAGCAGCUUAGGCUAUGCUUGUACAAACACUGGUAGCUCUUUGGCUUCCCUGGCUUUUUGCUCUAACAUCGUGCAUCAUUUAUGCAUAUGUCUCUCAGUGAGGACUGGCCAGAAGCAUCAUCAUGAUCAGUGGAGAGGCUGGGAAGGAGCUAGCAGAUCCUGGGGGCAGGUUUGUCACCUCUUUUUGGUGGGUCCAUUCCUUCCUCUGCCCACAGAAGCUGCCCUCAGCCAAAUGUGCUGAGGUUGGGCAGUGCUGACAAGAGGAAUUGGAAAGGGACAAUCUGUUUUACCAGCCUAACCAGGGAUUCUUUCAGGGACUAUUCCCUGUUGAAGUCUUCCUUCCAGCUUUUUUUAUAUGUGGAAGGCCAGCCCUGCCUCCAAGAGUGGCCCAAUCCUGCAGGUUCAGGGUACCGUGUUCUGGUGGAGCCAGUCAGAGACAGUGCCAACACUUGGAGAUGUUAGGGAAGCUGGGACUUCUGUUCUCUGGCUGCUCUUCCUGGUGCUACCAGCCACUGCCCACUGCAGCCCACACCAAAGGUGGUGCACAGAGCUGCGUGGGCAGCACACACAGACAGAGGUGCUGCACAUGGCUCAGGCUGUGGCAGGAGCCCACCCAGAUCCUCACUGUGAGAGACAGAAGGGGACAGCCCCUAGGUCACAGCAGACUUCUUGCUGCUGGCUGGGCAGGGCCACAGUUCUCAUGCUUGUCUCUUCAGCUCUGCAUAGCCCCUGUGAACAGAGCCUGGCAUGACAAACCACCCACUUCCUUGUCUAGUUGCUUUUCCUUCUCUCUUUGAGAAAGAUGAGGGUUGGGGCUGCUCUACUUUUGACACCACUCUCUCUUCCUGAUGAGUACCUUGGGGAGAGGUUAGCUGGUGAAGCUGAGACUGCCCCCUGCACAAAUGCUGCCAACAGCAUAGGCAGCCCUGAGAGAGGCUCCUUUGUGUUCUAGAAAUACCAAAGACACUGGUGGUCUCUAGCUAGCAUCCCAAUCCUGCUCCGAGUUACCAGUCAGCUCUAGCCACAUGUGGGUAUUCAAACCUGCCAAGGGAUGCUUACCUAUACAAAUAAAGUCCCCACAACUUUACCUUCUCCUAACUAGAUCUGUUAAAUUUGCCUCUUGAGAUAGAUUUUGUAAACCAACCCUCCUUUCCAAGAACCUGACAGGGGAACCAGAUGGUGGGACCAUCUUCAUUAGGCAAUUGCUUGCCUGGGUCCUUUCUGAUCCCUGUAGAAGAAACAGGUUGUUCAUUUGGAUUCUGAACAGCUGUUUGCUUUUGAUCAUGUUUGUAUCUGUUUUUAAUUCUUUCUCUUAGCUUGGUAUUAGCCUAAACAUUUGACAAAAGAACAGAUAAUGUUCUUCAUACAUUGCAUGUGCUUAGUGUGAAAACUGGACAAUGUUUUUUGUUCUUGGUCUAAAAAAAUUAAAUCCAUCAUGUGCCAGGAGCUCUUAUACUGUUUCCCCCUUCACUUUGAUAUCAGAUCCCCAUCUCAGCACUGAUUAGCCAGAAGAAUGACCUGCCUGCACUGUGGAAACUCACAAGAGAGUUCCUUUUGAUCCUUACAGAAUGGUGCAGCUGCUCUUCUCUGUGGAAAGGAGGGCACUGACUCUGCAGUGAUUUCUCUUUCCCUGUAUUGAGGUGCUUUGGGCCGGAGCCAUUGAGGUCAGGAGAGGGCAGAGAAGGAAGGAAAAUAGCCUAGGAAUGGAAUGAGAGUGGGCCAGAAGACCCAUUGAGGGCAGAGAUGCCAUCCUAUUAGCUACUGCAUUUUUAAACAAGAAUAUACAGGAGAGGGUCCUUUCAGAAUAGCAUCAUUAUGCAGUAGGAGACAGGAACAGUCAAGUUCUUACCUACUUGGCUUGAAAAAUAUUGAUGCAAAGACAGAUGAAGGGCCAUUGAGCAGGUACUGUUUAUAAGCUCCAUAUACAAUGAAGUGUGAAAGGAUUACAUGUUUUCAUCAAAACACAGCCUAAGUGGACCAUCUGACCUCCCCCCAUUUCACUCUCCAGCAGCUUAAGUGUUGCAGCUAACAGCAUGUUCACUCCUCUACCAGGUUCUGCCUCCUUGCUCCCUGCUCCCACUGUGUGUGUGCAGCUUUCUUGCAGUUCCUCCUUCAUAACCACUCUGGGACCAGGACCCAGCUCCUCUACAAACAAUGCUCCUGGCUGCUGCAGACCACAGAAGCUCUGCUUAUUUACAGUCUCCAAGCUCUGGGCCAGCCCUAAUUCAAAGGGCUCUUGUCAGCACGGUGACUGCUGCCCUUCACUGUGUGUUUGGCCCCCGUGCUGGAGGCUGCUGACUGCUCCUGGGGCAGACAUGCCUGGACUAGCUGUGUUGAUUUGUGCCUCUCUUCCUACUGCUCUCCUGGCAGAGUGUGAACCUGCAUCCUUUUGGGCUGUAAGCUGGGGCUGCUGAAGAUGGAGCACUCCUUCUUCAGAUGCUGUGGCCUGGGGGAGGACAAAGGUGGGCAAAGGGCAAAGGUGGACAUAUGCUAGAUGUCAAUAACUCAAAUUGCUUGUGGAACUUGGAGUUUCAUUUUUUAAUUCUACCUGGUUUUGGACAUGUUCACCUGAGGUCACCUCCCAACUGCUCACUCUUCUGUCAGCUAAAGCAUUCCUUUAGCUCAACACAGACCUCCCCACACAUCAUCUUUUGGAAGCUGCUGGUUUCCAAUGUAUUUUAGCAGUUGCUGAAAAGGAAGUACGUUACAAAAGGCUGCUGUCAAGUGUGGGCAAACUGAACUUCUUGGAAUAAACGAAGUCCUGUUCAAAACUCAUUACUAGCACACUCUACAUUUCCCUUGCACUGAAGGGAAGGAAGAACAAUGUUAUCUCUACUUUUUUUCCCCAAGGUCCAUCCAGUGCUGUGUUUUGUAACAGGUGUCUGUUAGGAUUUCUUCAAGCAAACUGACUAUUUGUAACAGUCAGACGAAGCAGCUGUUCGCCCUUGUUUUCCUGUUUAUUUUAAACAACCCCCUAGACUGUCAAGACAGAGAAUUUGCAUUGGUAAUACCCUAAAAGAAAGCUGUUACUGUAUCAGAGCAUCCAAUGUAAUUUCCUGUGCUGUGAACCAAUGGGAGUUUAUUUAAGAGGAGCUGAAUCUACUGUUGUACAGAAAUCGGAUUCAAAAAGGUUUAUUUUUCCCACUCACUUGUAAGUUGCACUUUGCCAGAUGUAAUUUAUGUGGAACCCAGAUUAGUUUUCCUUUUUCUUCAAAAAAAGCAUGUGCCAGAAUAUGUUUAAUGCCUGGAAUAAAAUCCAUUUUG